AAGGCCCGUUCGAAUCGGGACGACCAGCGCACACGCCCAGGCGGCAUCGGCCUAUCGCUCUUGAGCCUGGUCGCAUCCGCCAUCGCCGUCGCCCAUCAAGCGUCAACGCCAUCCAUCAGCGCUGCUCCGCUACCGAUCCCGCUACCGAUCCUGCCGCCUCUUCUCCCCUCUGUCUGCUGCAGCGCACCUCUCCCUCGCUUGUCUAUUUUCACAAGCAACGAUGUCCGGCAUUUCCAAGGACUACCAGAAGGAAUACAACGAGAUGGAGGCCACCAUCAACCGCCUCCAGGCCCACAAGGGCGUCCAGGGUAUCGUCAUCGCAAACCAUGAGGGCUCCGUUAUCCGCUCGACCCUCGACAACAUCCAAACGCAGCAAUACUCGACCCUGGUGACCCAGCUGGCUUCAAAAGCCAAGGGCGUCGUGCGAGAUCUUGACCCCGAGGACGACCUCACCUUCCUCAGAAUUCGCUCAAAGAAGCAUGAGAUCAUGGUCGCCGAGACCAAGUCCUAUCUCCUGAUUGUCAUCCAGAACCCUCACGAACUGUGAGCCAUCGUUUGGCUUUUCACCUGAUCAUACAUGCGAACCGACGCAUCUCUCCAAGCCAAUCGGGCGAUCCUUGCCCGUCCCGGCAGCAAGAGCGACCUUUGUCCCUCCCUCCCUCCCUCCCU